AAAGCGCCGCGCCGGCGGCAGCGCCCGCAGCCCGGCUCGGCUCGGCCCGGUUCUGCACGCCUCGGCUGGGCCCAGCACAGCCCGGUUCGGCUCGGCUCGGCGCGAUGGAGACGGGCGGGUGCCGGAUGAGCGGCGCGGAGCCGGGCGGCCCGGCCGUGAUCACGCUGGAGGAGCUGGACGGCAUGGCGGAGGAGAGCCCCGACUCGGCGUACCACAGCAACGGCAGCAGCCUGGAGGAGGAGGCGGCCGAGCGGAUGGAGGACGAGGAGCAGGAGCGGCUGCUCAGCUACUGGCAGAGCGUGGGCAGGGGGCACCAGGUGGACGUGCCCCGCGACAUGGCAGAGCCAAUUCAGCAGCUGACUAGAAAUAACAGUCCCCAGGAGAGACAGACCAUCCCGUUUACUCUGAUCCAGCGCAAAGAAAAGCUUGGAGACCUGCUUUAUGAAAAACGUCAGUAUGGAAAAGCCAAGUGGGCUUGUAUAAAAAUGAAAGAAAAACAGUAUGAACAGAGCAUUUGUCUUGGAUUCAUGAAGCUUAUGAGGUACAUUUGUGAGCAGAAUUCCUCAGGGCUGUACCUGGGGAUAACAAUACCCAUUGUGACCAUAGUACACACGAAUGAAUCUCAAUCGGAGAUGACGCAGUCGGUGACAGUAGCGUACUACCUGCCCGAAGUGCUGCAGGACCAGCCACCUCAUCCCUUUGACUCUGACAUAAUCAUUGAAGAAUGGCCGUCUACUAUUGUUUAUAGUAGGAGCUUCAGAGGAAUCACCAAUGAAGACUCUAUAAUGAGAGAAAUAAACCUGUUGGCGGAAAUUCUGGAGAGCCCAGAGUUAUGUUUGCAGGAUACGUUCAUCAUUGCAGGAUAUACAAACCCAGCUGCUGCUAAUCGACACAAUGAGAUCUGGUUCCUCCAGAGACCAUAGCUGCCCGUUUCUGAUGCUUGUCUGUUACAAGAAUCAGCUCUGAUUUACUGGCAGAAUUUUACAUGUGAAUUGUGUGAGAUUAGAUGUCAAACCCUCAAGGAAAUACAAAAAUGUGGCUUUUAGCCAGCUUAGCAAGGCAAUCACUCCAACUUAAUAAGCAAACAGAGCUAACAUGUGAAACCAGUUCUAAAUAAUUCUUGUGGAGAUUUUAGCACUAUAAAAAUGAGAAAAAUUACUUCACCUUAUCUUCCCCCUUUCUCCCCAAGAUAAGGGAGGCAGAGCCCUUCCCCCUCACCCACUUAUUAGCAUUUCUGGUCUGUUGGGGCUUGGGACCGUCCUAAUGGAGCUCCUGCAGCCCCUGUCCUGGCUUGCUCUGGGCACCUAGGGCUGCACCAGCUACAGAAAGGCACUGCUGGGGCUUUCGAUGGGACAUGCAUUAAAACCAAUUCACACGUGCAGACUAUGCUUCAGAAAAAAGAAUGUUCGGGUCUUUAUUUCUGAAGAGAAUUACCAGAUUUAGACCACUGGGAUUAAACCAAGGAUCAAGACUAGGCCAAUGCUGACGGGUUUUGUCCUUAUCUCUGGUGGAGCAGAGAUUCUCAAUGCUUAAUGCAUUACCUCACCAAGCACUCAACCAAAGUACUUUAGACCUUGAGAAGAGACCAAGGCAGCAGAACAGUGCUUAGGCUCACUGACAUUUUGGUAGAAAAGUUACAGCUCACCUUAAUCACCCACUCGCAGUAAUCCCAUGACUAAACGUGUCAUUCCCAAAUAGAAAGCAGUUAAUUUCAGCUCCAGCUUUCUGAACACUUUCAUCUUAAAUCUUUGCUGAAUGUUAAAAACACUACUGCUGAAGUAAUCUGUUCACUACUUUUUACAUUCUUACAGCAGUGCUACACUGCCGAAGUUAGAAAUGCUACCAGUAUUUCACGAAGCACAGAACCACAUAAACUAAACGUACGGCCCCUGACGCUCACCUGGCCCAGCCCUCUGCUGGAAGGGCCAGCGCCGAUGGGGCUGCUCAGGGCCUCGUGCAGCCCGGCGUACAGCACCUCCUGGGACGAGGAUCCCAUAGCCCCUCUGGGCCCUGUUCCAGUAUUUGACCACCCUCACUGUGAGAAUUUCUCUUCCUAAUUCCUAACUUUCCGUGCUGCAGCUUGUUUCCUUUGCCUUUACCCACGUGGUGAUUCUCGGAGCAGCCUGCUCAUGCAGCGCACUGGGACUUGAAGCCCAGCCCGCACAGCUCUAACGCGCCGGCUCUGAGCAGCACGCAGGCUUUGCUACGUACCACAGUUAGGGAGCACCCAACGCACUUUGGAAUCGAGUUAGCAAACAGGUUUGCUCUCAGAAAUCCCUUCCAUGUCUCCCCUUAGAGAUACGAUAGUAGAGUUUAAUCUUAAUCUAAGUGAAUGACUUUUUGUAUGAAAUUUAAUGGAGUAUAUCCCCAGAGUCACAUAUCAACUACAACGUUCGGGCUUUAAGUUGAGCUUUUGCGUUCUCCAGUUGCAACACACAACGCAACAACCAGAGCCGCUGUCUGAGCGCUUAUGGUCGUGUUCGUUAAUCGGCAAACAGAGGGCGUUUAUGCAGUACUGCUGAAUAAACGUACAGGGCCCAAGACCUUUACGCCUCCUGCUUCCGCAGGGCUCUGACUUCACGCUAACCCAGGAACGUGCAGCAGGGUCCUGGGGGGCGGCUGGGAGCUGCUGGUCGCGCUUCAGCGGGACCACGGCGCCCUCCGGUGGCUGCUGCCUGCAGAGACGGGGGAGAUGCACGUGGGGGAGAUGCGUGAAGAGAGAAAGGCCUUGCCUUGAACCGACAGCGCUGGGGGGCCAGUCCUCACCCCCUCCUCAAUCUCUGGUUUCCCCAGCUGUUCGGACAGCCUGCCCCAGCCCAGCACAGACAGGUGUACUGCCACAAACAGACUGUGCUUAGAGUGCGUGGGAGGGCGGGGGCAGUUGGAGGGGCAAAACCUCAGAAAAGCUGUGGGUUUGGGGUCCUCCUCGUUCCAGCCAGAGAGGCACCGAGCCCGGAGUGCACUCCGAGCUGCCCGGUGACAGUACGAGCGCUUGUGCCAGUGGCGGCCCCAGCUGGGGGCACUGUUUGAUGAGCCAGGUUAAACGCACGUCCAAGCAUCUCUUACCCGACAGGAUGAGGUGGUGAAGAUGCCUCUCGUAUCUUUUACUGCUCUCAGCUUGUUCAAGGUACAGGAUCACAACCGGGGGAUAAAAAUCCGACUUGCUUUUCAAUAUGUGGAAUUGUGUCCUGUUUCAGUACCCCUAACGUUAGGGACCAGCUAGAGUAGGCAUUUCAGCUUUGCCUUUUAUUGUUAACAUCUCGCAUUGUUGGAACUGCCAGCCAGUAUUAAAGUGGAAGAUAAAAAAAUAAUGGAAAAUAAGAAAAACUUUUCUAAAGCUGACUUGCACUGAAGGUCCAGAGAAGCAUUAAUGACAGGUUUUGUUUUGCCCACUCCUCCUUUCCCCCUCCCCCCCACCCCAAUUUUUAGGUAGGGGCAAGUAAAAACAGAUUCUCAACUCUCACAAGAUUUUACAUGAAAU